GAUUAGUUGACAGUACUUGGUGACAGCGUGAAUAUAUUUGAAAAUUUUAGAUCGGCGUUAUAAAUUCAAUAUAGAGUAUCUGACUUCUUUCCACGGUUCGUGGGAUGUAUUGAGGUGAUUGAGAAAUAAUUGAAAGAAAAUGAAGCAAAUACUGCAUUCAAAGUGCUGUUCUACAAAAGUAAUAUCAAUAAUCUUAGCUGCACUAAUAGUGUUGUUUAUAGGUGUGUUAGUGUUAAGUUUCUAUGGAAUUUCUAAAAUUAUCGAAGUCAAUUUACAUCAGUCAGUGGAAUUGAAGGAAAACACAGACCAAUGGGACAGAUUUAUCGACUUACCGAUACCAAUAUCUUUGAAAGUAUAUAUUUUUAACGUAACAAAUUCGGAUGAAGUACUGAAUGGUGAAAAACCUAAGUUAAUAGAAGUUGGACCAUAUGUGUACAGGGAAAAUAUUCAUAAAGAUAUCUCAUCUACAAAUAACGAUGAAGACAGUGUAACUUACCAGAAAAUAACAACAAUAACAUUCGAUCCAGACCAAUCUGGUGAUUUUAAAGAGUCUGAUGAAGUAAUCAUAGUCAACCCAGCACUAUUAGUUCUCACAGAAAUAACUUCAACAAUAGAGCAAUUGGCCGUUGCAGGAUGUAUAAACAAAAUAUUUUUGCCGCCAUAUGAUACUCUUUUCAUAAAAGUAGAUAUCAAAUCAGUCUUAUUCGAAGGUAUACCCUUUGCACAAGCCUCUCCAGACAAUGGAUAUGCGUGUAAUAUAAUACGAAAUCUCGUUAUCGACAAAACUAAAUACAUGAGAAAUGUUCAAAGGAUAUACAAUACUGUAUAUACAGAUGCAGUGGACGGACUCAUUUUCUCAUUACUGGGUUAUAAAGCUGACGCUCCUGAUGGGAUUUAUACUGUAAACAGAGGUAUCCACGACGUUUCUCAGUUAGGAAAUAUCAUGAAAUGGAAUCAUUCUACGCAUCUUCCAUUUUGGGGAAGUAAACAGUCAUCAAAUAACGAUUCUUGUCAAUUGGUUCAUGGAGGAGAUUCUACUCUAUAUCCUCCACAGAUUACGAAAGACGACGUUCUCAGUAUUUUUGCCACUGAUAUUUGCAGAUCGGUAGAAAUUUUCUAUACAGGUAAAGGCACAUAUAAAGGUAUAGAAGGACUGCGCUUCGAACCUAAAGAAACCACUUUCACAUCUCUUUUAUCAAAUGUUGAAGAAGAUUGUUUCUGUACAAAACAAACAAAGAAUGCACAAGGAGAAUUAUCUUGUUAUUUAGAUGGUGUGCUAGAUUUGUAUGAUUGUUUUGGUGUUCCAAUUUUAUUGUCAUUUCCUCAUUUUCUCUAUGCCAAUGCUUCAUAUAAAAACGGAGUGGAAGGUGUUACUGAAGCUGAUCCUGAAAUACAUGGAAUAUAUUUACUCAUAGAGCCAAAUACAGGCACACCUUUAGUUGGUAGGAAAAGAGUACAAUUCAAUUUGGUUAUACGACCAGCGGAACAUUUAAAAGAAAUUACAAAAAAUAUUUAUUCUACUAUUUUACCAUUAGUUUGGGUUGAAGAGGGUGCAGAUUUAACGGAUGAUUUGAUAGAUAUGAUUGAAGAUCAAUAUUUCAAGAAGGUGAAACUAACAAAGGGGGUCAAAUAUGGACUAAUAGCUGUAUCUGCAGCAGCUGUUUUAUCAGUGGGUGCUAUUUUACUCAGAAAAUUAUUACGAAAGAAAUAAUUUAUGUAUAAAUAAAUCAAAUAAGGAAAAAACA